CCAUCGUUCAAGGCAAGACUUCUUUCCAUUUCCCAUUUUCUCAUUCUCUGUUUCGCUUUCACCGAGUAACUUCACUUUCCCCAACUCCACCUGAGAAAAAGAUACCCAUAAUUCGCACGCACGCACGCACUUGUUCUGACUUGUGUUGGACGCAGAAGAACCAGAAAAGAAAAACAAGCACGAGGAGAUGAUUAACUUCGAAGAAACCGAGUUGCGACUCGGCCUCCCUGGCGGGUCUGCGAGUGAUCACAACGAGUCAACAACGGUCAAGGGCAGUGGUGGAAAGAGAGGCUUCCCUGAAACUGCUUCUGUUGAUUUGAAGCUUAAUCUUUCUUCCAGUGAUGACUCUGCCUCAGAUUCACCUUCAUCUGCGUCUACAGAGAAGACUACCACUGCUGCACCUCUUCCUCCUUCUCGAGCCAACGACCCUGCAAAACCACCUGCAAAGGCACAAGUGGUGGGUUGGCCACCAGUUAGGUCAUUUAGAAAGAACAUAGUUCAAAGGAACAAGAAUGAAGAGGAAGCAGCUUUCGUGAAGGUGAGCAUGGAUGGUGCACCGUAUCUACGAAAGGUGGACAUAAAGUUGUACAAGAGCUACCAGGAGCUGUCAGAUGCGCUGGCUAAGAUGUUCAGUUCCUUCACGAUUGAAAAAUGUGGGUCCCAAGGGAUGAAGGACUUUAUGAAUGAGACCAAAUUGAUAGACCUUUUGAACGGCUCUGAUUAUGUACCCACUUAUCAAGACAAGGACGGAGACUGGAUGCUCGUCGGUGACGUGCCCUGGGAAAUGUUCGUUGAAUCAUGCCAGCGCCUUCGCAUAAUGAAAGGUUCUGAGGCUAUCGGCCUUGCACCAAGAGCCGUGGAAAAGUGCAAGAACAGAAGCUGAAGUGAUUUUAGGGUUCGGCCACAACAAUCGGCUUGGUUGUUCAUCUGUGUCACAAGGAAGCAAAUGUACUCGAGCAAGAUCGAGUCUCUUUUAGGAAUAAGAGUUUAAUUAUAAUUAUUAUUAUUAUGUGUCUUUGUAAUUUUCUUAUAUGUGUAUUAUACGAAUGAGAAAAUAGUUGGAAAUUCGUUAGGGACAAGAAAUAAUAUAGAAGAUGUUUAUAUGAUCCCGUUUUUGUUUCCAGGUAAAAAUAUGUGACUUUGUCCAUUCUAUUGCCUGCUUAAUGAUAAUGUCAAUGUUUCCAGUUUAUCUUAA